AUGAAAGAGUUUUAUGAUAAAGAAAAAGGAAAAUUUUCUUUUGUUGGAAUGUACUUUUUUACGAAUCCAUUUGCUUUAAUAUUGGAUAUUGAUUUAGUUAAAAAUAUAUUAGUUAAGGAUUUUCAAAAUUUCAUUGAUCGUGGAGUUUAUUAUAAUGAAAAAGAUGAUCCACUAUCAGCUCAUUUAUUUUCUUUAGAUGGACAGAAGUGGAAGAAGCUACGUCACAAAUUAACACCAACAUUCACAUCUGGUAAAAUGAAAUUUAUGUUUAGUACAAUAGUCAAAGUUGGUGAAGAAUUUCAAGAAACUUUACGUGAAUUAAUUAAAGAAAAUGAUAUUAUUGAAAUGAAAGAACUUUUAGGUCGUUUUACAACAGAUGUAAUUGGCACUUGCGCUUUUGGAAUUGAAUGCAAUAGCUUAAAAGAUCCAAAUGCUGAAUUUCUUCAUAUGGCAAAGACUGCAUUUGAAAAACCUAAAAAUACUGCUUUUGUGUUUACGUUUAAAAAACUGGCAAAAUUGCUUCGAAUAACAACAACCAGAAAGGAUGUUGGCGAUUUUUUUUUGGGUGUCGUUAGAGAAACAAUGGAGCACCGCAUAAAAUAUAAUAUCAAACGUAACGAUUUUAUGGAUAUGUUGAUUCAAUUAAGAAAAUAUGGAAAACUUGAGGAAAAUGACUUCAAUAACGAUGAGCAAUAUGUUGGACAUUUAACAUUUGAAGAAGUUGCAGCCCAAGCAUAUGUAUUUUUUUUGGCCGGUUUCGAGACAUCAUCCACUACAAUGUGUUAUUCAAUAUAUGAAUUGGCAAUUAAUCAAGAAAUUCAAGACAAAUUAAGAAAUGAAAUUAAUACAAUAAUUGAAAAACAUAAUGGAAAAUUUACAUAUGAAGCGACAAUGGAAAUGACUUAUUUGGAUCAAGUUAUUAACGAGUCACUUCGAAAGUAUCCACCUGUUGCUAUUCUUCCACGUGAGGCUCAAAGGGAUUAUAAAAUACCAGGAACAGAUAAGAUUAUUGAGAAAGAAACAUUAGUUUGGAUACCAGUCUAUGCUAUACAUCAUGAUCCCGAAUGGUAUCCAGAUCCAUUAAAAUUUGAUCCAGAAAGAUUUUCAACUGAAAAUGUUCAACUGAGACCAAAUCAUACGUUUUUAGCAUUUGGUGAUGGACCACGUAAUUGUCUUGGUUUAAGAUUUGGAAUGAUGCAAGCACGUAUUGGACUAAUAAGUUUAUUAAGAAACUUUCGAUUCAAAAUUUGCAAAAAAACUAAUAUACCAAUAGAUUUUGACCCAAACGGUAUUAUGUUAACACCAAACGGGGGAGUAUGGGUGCAAAUUGAGAAAUUUUCAAAGAAAACUGGAACUAGGAAAAUUGUCUUUUUCGUACUUAAGCUGGCAAAAAUGGAUAUUGGAUUAUAUUUCCUCUACAUUAUAAUAUUUAUACUUACAUUCAUAUAUGGAUUUUUUACCUACAAAUAUAGUUAUUGGACAAAACGAGGUAUUCCGUCUUUACAACCCCGUAUACCAUUUGGUAAUUUACAAGGUUUUAAAUAUAAAAUUCAUUCUUCUCAACAAGCGAAAGAAUGUUAUGAUAAAGAAAAAGGAAAAUAUCCAUUUAUUGGAAUAUAUAUUUUUACAAGUCCGCUUGCAUUUAUAUUAGAUAUCGAUUUAGUUAAAAAUAUAUUGAUAAAAGAUUUUCACUAUUUUAAUGAUCGUGGAGUUUAUUAUAAUGAAAAAGAUGAUCCACUAUCAGCUCAUUUAUUUGCUUUAGAUGCACAAAAAUGGAAAAAUUUACGUCCCAAAUUAACACCAACAUUUACAUCAGGUAAAAUGAAAUUUAUGUUUAGUACAAUAGUCAAAGUUGGUGAAGAACUUCAAGCAACUUUACGUGAAUUAAUUAAAGAAAAUGAUAUUAUUGAAAUGAGAGAACUUUUUGGUCGUUUUACAACAGAUGUAGUUGGUACAUGCGCUUUCGGAAUCGAUUGUAAUAGUUUAAAAGAUCCAAGUGCAAAAUUUCUUCGCAUGGGAAAAACUGUAUUCGAAAAUCCUAAAAAUACUGCAGUUGGGCAGAUUUUUGUUUAUACAUUUAAAAAAUUGGCAGCAAGAUUGCGAAUAACAUGUACUAGAGAAGAAGUUAGUAAAUUUUUUUUAGGUGUUGUUAAGCAAACCAUGGAUUAUCGUAUAAAAAAUAAUGUCAGAAGACGCGAUUUAAUGGAUUUGUUAAUUCAGUUAGGAAAGUAUGGAAAACUUGAUGAUACUGAGGACAAUAAUCUUGAUUGUUUAACAUUUGAAGAAAUUGCAGCCCAAGUGUUUGCUUUUUUUUUGGCCGGUUUCGAGUCAUCAUCCACCACAAUGUCCUAUUCAAUACAUGAAUUAGCCGUCAAUCAAGAUAUUCAAGAUAAAUUGAGAAAUGAAAUUAAUACAAUAAUUGAAAAACAUAAUGGAGAAUUUACAUAUGAAGCUAUGAUGGAAAUGACUUAUUUGGAUCAAGUUAUUAAUGAAACACUUCGAAAAUAUCCUCCUGUUGCUCAUCUCAUACGUAGAACUCAAGAAGACUAUCAAGUACCUGGAACAGAUAAGAUUAUUGAGAAAGAAACAACUGUAUGGAUACCAGUAUAUGCUAUACAACAUGAUCCCGAAUGGUAUCCCGAUCCGUUAAAAUUUGACCCAGACAGAUUUUUGCCUGAAAAUGUAAAGUUAAGACCACAUUGCUCAUUUUUAGCGUUCGGUGAUGGGCCACGGAAUUGUAUUGCGUUGAGAUUUGGAAUGAUGCAAAUACGUGUUGGACUUGUAACCUUGCUGAGAAACUUUCGAUUCUUUAUCUGUGAUAAAAGCAGCGUUCCAUUAGAUUUCAACGCAGAAACUCUUAUAUUAACACCUGUUGGAGGUGUGUGGGUGGAAAUUCGAAAAAUAUGAAUCAAUAAAUGUUUAGUUUAACCUUAUUUAAAUUCAAAUUAUUUACAUAAGUAUUUUAAAUGUAAAUUUUUUUGACUGUAACAAAAUUUAUCUUACAUUUGUAUGUAUUAAUAAAUUUCAGUAAAGUGAGUUUGAUUUUAAAUAUUAAACGUGAAAAACAAAUUAUCAGUACAAGAUAG